UUCUGUGGUCACCGUAGCUCGUCUUCAUCUUUCUGUACACGGUACAGUCAUAAGGAAGAUAGCAGUUUAUUUAUAACUGUACAUUUUGCGGAUAAAAGACAACCACCUCUCAGGUCUGUAACCAUGUCUGACAAAAGCGAACUGAAAGCAGAGCUUGAGCGCAAGAAACAGCGCCUGGCUCAAAUCAGGGAGGAGAAAAAAAGGAAAGAGGAGGAGCGGAAGAAGAAAGAAGCUGAUCAGAAGAAGGAAGUGGCUCCACCCCAGGAUGACUCGGACCUGGAGAAGAAGCGGCGCGAGGCAGAUGCUUUGCUCCAGAGCAUGGGCAUUACACCUGACGCUCCAGUUGUGCAACCACUCCGAGUAGUAACAGCGGAUACCUGUCUGUUUCACUAUUUAGUCCCUCCACCUAUGUCUCCAUCCUCUAAGUCUGUGAGCACGCCAAGCGAGGCUGGCAGCCAGGACUCUGGUGAUGGCGCCGUUGGAUCUAGGAGCUGUGACACAUCUGCUCUACUAUGCCAUAAAACGACACUUCAUUGGGACUCUGAUCCAUCAGUUCUACAACUUCACUCUGAUCUGGGAAGAGGCCCCCUUAAACUUGGAAUGGCCAAAAUUACACAUGUGGAUUUCCCCCCACGUGAAGUUGUAUCCUACACAAAGGAAACCCAGACCCCAGUUGUGACGCAGCAGAAAGAAGAAGAAGAUGAGGAAGAGGAGACUGUCCCACUGAAACCGGUGAUAGAACCUGAGGAGGAGAAGGCAGUGCAAAAGGAGGAGGAAGAAGCUCCUCCUCAUGAACUGACCGAAGAGGAAAAGCUGCAGGUUCUCCACUCAGAGGAGUUUCUGUCUUUCUUUGAUCACAGCACCCGCAUUGUGGAGCGGGCCCUUUCUGAACAUGUGGAUGUGUUUUUCGACUACAGCGGCAGGGAUUUGGAAGAGAAGGAAGGAGAGAUCCAGGCUGGAGCUAAGCUGUCUUUAAACAGACAGUUCAUAGAUGAACGUUGGUCAAAGCAUCGUGUUGUUACCUGCUUGGAUUGGUCGCUUCAGUAUCCUGAACUGCUUGUUGCCUCAUACAACAACAACGAGGAUGCCCCCCAUGAGCCAGAUGGUGUGGCCCUUGUGUGGAACAUGAAAUACAAGAAAACCACACCAGAGUAUGUCUUUCAUUGCCAGUCAGCAGUGAUGUCAGCUGCCUUUGCAAAAUUUCAUCCAAACCUAGUUGUUGGUGGCACAUAUUCUGGCCAGAUAGUUCUGUGGGAUAACCGCAGCAACAAGAGGACUCCAGUGCAGAGGACUCCGCUCUCCGCUGCUGCACACACGCAUCCAGUGUACUGUGUGAACGUGGUGGGUACUCCAAAUGCUCACAACCUGAUCAGCAUCUCAACCGAUGGGAAAAUGUGUUCCUGGAGUUUGGACAUGCUGUCUCAGCCACAGGACAGUAUGGAAUUGGUCCACAAGCAGUCCAAGGCUGUAGCUGUCACCUGCAUGUCCUUCCCCCUGGGCGAUGUCAACAACUUUGUGGUGGGAAGCGAAGAGGGCUCUGUGUACACUGCAUGUCGUCAUGGAAGCAAAGCUGGAAUCAGUGAGAUGUUUGAAGGCCACCAGGGACCGAUUACAGGUAUCCACUGUCACACUGCAGCAGGACCAGUCGAUUUCUCCCACCUGUUUGUCACCUCAUCCUUUGACUGGACAGUGAAACUGUGGACAACCAAGAAUAACAAGCCACUGUACUCAUUUGAGGAUAACUCAGACUAUGUUUAUGAUAUCAUGUGGUCCCCAGCCCACCCAGCCUUGUUUGCUUGUGUUGAUGGAGUAGGCCGGCUUGAUCUGUGGAAUCUCAACAACGACACAGAGGUACCUACAGCAAGUAUAACAGUGGAAGGAAAUCCAGCCUUGAAUCGCGUGAGAUGGGCACAUUCUGGCAGAGAAAUUGCUGUUGGAGACUCAGAUGGGCAGAUACUCAUUUAUGAUGUUGGCGAGCAAAUCUCAGUUCCGCGCAAUGAUGAAUGGACACGUUUUGCCCGCACGCUUGCAGAAAUCAAUGCCAACAGAGCGGAUGCAGAAGAGGAAGCUGCUGCGCGUUUAUCAGCCUGAUUUACUGGAUAAGAAGCGUAGAGAAGGGACCAGUAGCAGAUUUUUGUACAACAAAACAUAGUUUGUUCGGUUAGGUGUACUAGCCACUAUAUCAAAGAAAUACACACAAUUGUGUACUUUUAAACUUGUUUUUCUUUUUAAAUCUUUCAGCAAGAAUGGUCAGUUUUCUAAGACAAAAGACACCUUGUGUGCUUUACUGGGUGUUUAUAAACCUCUAGCUGAUACUGUACACACAGGUCUCUAUUUAAAAAUAGUUUAAUAGUUUAAUAGGGCGAUCAAACUAAAAUGCUGCAACAAUUUAUCAUAUUGGGCUUUUGCAUUAAAUUAGCAUAAACUAUUAGAUCAAUGAUUUUGUUAAUUCUACCAAAAGCCUUAAAGCUCAAGAUGUAUUAUCUUGGAGAACUCCAAUUACAAUGCCAAGUUUUGCAUCCUGGCUCUUCAGGUUAGCUGCAUAUGUCAUUGUAUUGGUACAUACUCUCCUCAUGCUUUGCAUUCCCUGUUUUGAGGCUCAUUUAAACUAUAGCCAAGACCAAAAUUGCUGUCAUGAUUGAUAAAUGUGCUCACUGCCUUUGCUGCUAUGUCCCUAUGAAAAUGUAGUAAUUGAAUCUUUUAUUCAUCAUAUGCAGCAUUGUAGUACGCUCUUGUCAAAACCUAAACUGUUAACCUAAAGUAUGUAUUUUUACACAGAACCUACUUUGUUAAAAUGCAGCUCCAAUUUGCUGAUAAAGGCAUGUAAUGAAUAAGAAGUAAACCCCCAGGAGUAAUAAUGUUGGAGCAUGAAAUAUGAUGUAAACAUUUUCCUCGAAUGAUUAAAAGUGCAUAAGGUAAACGUUUUCAGUAGUUCAUAUUGGCAUGGUGUGAAACAAUAUUGCUAAAAGAAAUAGUUCACCCUUAAAUAUGAUAUGUAUUAAAAACUAUAGCAUGAAGAAAAAAAAAUCUGUUUAGGAAAUGUAGUUCUACUGUUUUCUUGUCUGUUUGCAAGUUUCAUGUUGUGGCCAUUGAUAUGUGACAUUAUUUAUAACAUUUGAUUUUGUUUUGUUCUAAAUACCAUUUACUUGCCCUGUUAAUUGAUUGGAAUUACAGAAAAUUCCAAAUUAGAAAUUUCUGUUUUUAAAAUAAGAAACACAAUUCAGACAUUAAAUAUUAAUGAUUUACUUC